ACUAUGCUAUAUAGUGAGCAGUUAAGCCACAAGUAAACAUUACAGCUUUACCAGAAGGAUAGGCAUGAAUAGUCAUUAGUUUCACAGGAAGGGAGGAAAUUACCCUUUUCCUGAUUUGCCAGGUACUUAAACUUUGUAUUUUCAGAGUGGAUUUCAAUCGAUGAGGUGUUAAUUCAAACAGUGAGGGCAAGGGAACAAUGAAUUAUUAUUUUUUUUUUAAAGAACAAAACUGUAAUAGCUGCAUCCUAAGCUCUGGCCUAUCACCAGACUUCAUGCCAAGUGAAAACCCCAAGACUUCAUUACCUUAUCCUGUUGAAAAAGCACAUGGCAAAACAAAAUGCAAUUUCCAAGUAGAAAAAGGAGAAGACUUGAAAACAAACAAGCUCUAUUAGAAGGAAGGCAGUAGCCAAGUGAAGCAGCUGGAAUCACACUGAAGUCACUCUGAAUUCUGCAGUCACUUCAUUCUUCCUACUGCUACAGAGCUCACAUCCCUAAUCUACAAGUGUUUUAUUCCAAACAACUAAACAAGAAAGCAACUGUGCAACAUGACAUUUGAAGAUUUUGAUAAUUACUCCUAUUUCUACGACCUGUCAGAGGAAGAUGAAUCCCCCCAGUCUUCCCUCAGUGUUGCCCAUAUGAUUUCCCUCUCCUUUUACAGUGUGGCAUUUCUGCUGGGAGUGCCAGGUAACGCCAUCGUCAUCUGGUUUAUGGGCUUUAAGUGGGAUAAAUCUGUUUCUACUCUCUGGUUCCUCAAUCUGGCCAUUGCAGAUUUCAUUUUUGUUCUCUUCCUGCCCCUCUACAUUACAUACGUGGCAAUGGGCUUCCACUGGCCUUUUGGGAAGUGGCUCUGCAAAAUGAACUCAUUUAUUGCACUACUUAAUAUGUUUGCCAGUGUUUUCUUCCUGACAUUCAUCAGUCUUGACCGCUACAUCCGCCUGGUCCACCCGGUCUUUUCCUACAAGUAUCGGACUGUAAGGAACACCCUCAUUCUUAGUGGGAUCAUUUGGAUGUCAGCUGCAGUUAUUGGUGGCCCUGCCUUAUACUUUAGAGACACAGCUACAGUUCUCAACAACGUCACCAUUUGCUACAACAACUUCCACGUGCAUGACAGAGAAAUUAUUUUGCUGACACAUCACAUUCUCAUUUGGGUGAGGCUUGCAUUCGGUUACCUCUUUCCUCUAGUGACCAUGGUCAUUUGCUACUCAUUGCUGAUUGUCAAAGUGAAGAGGAGAACUGUCUUGACUUCCAGCAGGCUUUUCUGGACCAUCAUUGCUGUAGUUGUAGCUUUUUUUGUCUGCUGGACACCAUACCACAUAUUCAGCAUUGUGGAGCUGUCUGCUCACCACAAUGAAAACUUGCAAGACUUACUGCAGGAUGGCAUUCCCCUUUCCACUGGCCUUGGUUUCAUCAACAGUUGCCUAAAUCCAAUCCUCUAUGUUCUGAUAAGUAAAAAGUUCCAGGCCCAAGUCAAGACAACAGUCUCUGAGGUGCUGAAAUUGGCACUGUGGGAGGUGAGCCGCUCAGGAACUGUCAGUGAGCAGCUGUGGAGCUCAGACAACACCCAUGCACCUGUGCACUACUGUGAAACUGCUCAGUGACUGUUCUUGUCACCAUCCUCUCCAAAAUAGCUGACAGGAGGUUUUGAGCUCUUCUUGACUUCACAUCUGCCACUCAGAUGUGCAUCUUUGCAUACACAGUUUUAUGUAAACAGCUGGCUUAAUUGCACUUGCUGCUUUCUUGAAAGGUUAUUAAAGGACACAUAAUCUGGACAUGGUGUACCCCGGUGCACAUGUAGCCUGAACUGAAAGUUGUCAGCCUAAGUGGAAUUGCCCUAACUGCGUUUUUGAUCAGAAAUGUGCUUGUAAUCCUGUUGUUUUGUUGUAGUUUCCUACCUUGCUAAUAUCAAAAGAGCACAUAAUAAAAAUAUUCCUCCUUGCCAUCAUUGAUAACACUCUUGAUCUAGGCAUUCUCAUCCAAGAGGUUGUGACCAUACAUCAAUGGCUCAUGAGUCUCCUGAUUGUCUAGUAUUGCCUUAAGUAGGAAUCACCUGGCUACUUUCCAUCAAAGUGAAGUUACUGGGGGCUCUAGUCUGCAGCUGGAGAAGAAAUUCCAAGACAGAGAACACUGAAUUGCUGCCUUCUCUUGUCAAAAAAGAAAAAUAUGGAAAUGAAACCUGUUUUCUCCCAGCACUCUUUUACCUUAUACUCAAAACUAAGACAGGAGAUCCUGUGUUUUCUGGUCACUUAUUCUUGUGCUUUAGCACCAGUUGGGCACAAAAUACUGAGCAGAUGUUUCACGUAGGUAUUAGUUGUUAUUAGUUAUUAUAUAGUUGUUAUUGUUAUUAUUAUUACUAAUUUGCAAGAACUAGUGAGAAUGUUUCUUACAGAAGCUGAGACUAAAGGCCUCCUACCACACUUGUUCUUUUUUUAUGUUUCAACUUUCAGGCUUAAAGAGGUUUACAGCUGUUGGUUACUCUUUAUUGCUUUGUUAAACAAAGGUAAAGAAAUAAUAUAACAUUUAAUUUGCCUUAAGUCUAGUCUUCUAAACAUGGGCAGAAUGAAUACAACAAUAUACUUUUAACAAGUUUGUAACCAAAUUUGGACUUCUUUGCCAAAUGAGAGGCAAGACAGCAUGCCCAGGAAAUGGAGUCCACUCCCAUUAGAAAGAUGAAGUAGUCCCAGUUAGGCUGCAUCCUGUUCAAACUUGUUGCUUGAUGUAGAAUCACACAUGCUCCAAUGCAAACAUAUAUGCUAAGUGGAGUGGACCAAUUUCUGAUGCAAUAUCACUUAAUUAAAAUGUUAACUGGGGGAUAAAAUUCCACUAAAAGUAAACACAUAAAGCUUUGGGUAAGUUGGGACAGGUUUUUGGCCUUGUUAUUGGUCUAGGUAUAUAGAAUAGAACUGCCUUUCAUAUAGUCUACCUAGUUUCUAUGGCCUGCCAACACACAUAAGUAGCAUUUGCUGUAAUUGAAGCCUUAUUUGUAAAUAUAUUUGCUUUUGUAUAAUACAUAUAUGCAUGCAUGAGCACAUCUAAUGUUGGUAGCUGUACAAAUAGAAACUGACUGUGGUCUGUAACUGUUUCUUUGGGCUCUGAUUUCAGAGUUUAGGAGAGUCAGGCAGAAUCAGUGGAAUUCCAAUGCAUUUAACUUUGGGCUGGAAAGUUGGUAAGCAGCACUUUCCUUGGAGUCAUUUGCUGUCUGGUACAGUGAGUCAUCACAAUAUUUUGGCACUGUGCUGAUGAAUGUGCCAAAACAAUUUUGCAGUUUUUCUUCACAUGUUCCCUGACAUCUUUCUGAAGAUGAUGCAUUAGUUCUACUCUCCUGACUACUCCAAGUGAAGUAAUAAAUUUUUGCUGUUGCCAA